ACAAUGCCCAUCUCGACACACUCGCUUCGACGUUCACCGACGCCCAACGAAUUUAAUAUCUAGACCUCGACACCGAAAGUCUAGUACUAUAAAAGACACGGUACCCCCCGCAUCAUGGUUUGAUUGGGCGCUGAACCCCUCGACGCCGACGCCGCUACAAUGGACGACACACCUGCUCCCAAGCUCUCAGAGCUGCUACGGCAUCCCGACGAUCUAGACAAGAUACCCGCGCUGAAGUUAGAAUUCUCACGAAAAAAGGGCGCCGUAGAUGGCCAGCUCCGAAGCGGCCUGCGCGAGCAGCUUGAGACGACACAGUCAGGCAUGACGGGGCUGAGCGACGGCCAGAAGACGGUCCAGAUGAUCAAAGAGGAAAUGAUCAAGAUCGACAAGCUGUGCUCGGAGUCACAGAAUAUGAUAAAGGACUUUGCGAGCAUCAACCUCGUAUCACAAGCACACCGCAACUUUGGCGCCGUCGAGACUAUGCGUCGGAACCUCGAGACCUUCAACGAGCGCAUAUCGCGUGUGGAGGCGAUGCUUAGGGAAGAUGACGAGGAUAGCGACAACAUGCCCAAUUUGCUGCCGUGUCACUACGAACUGACUCAAUUGAGAAAUAUCCGCGACGAUGCUAUGGAACAAAUACAACGCGCAGAGGACGAGAGUCUAGAAGCGACACUGGUGGACUACUUUUCGAGGCUAGACGACACGAUUGAUUGGUUCGAUGAGCAUGUCGGUAUCAUUGCCUUGAAUCUGAUCAAUCUCGUUGUGCAGGAUAACAAUGGGCUUGUGGUGAGAUUCGCAGUGGUGAUGGAGGCCGAGGAGUCAAGCGACCAACGUGUACUAGCACUGCAGGAAGCUCUCAAAGAUCACAAAGAAAUGGCAACUCGCUUUCAGAGCAUCACAGAUGGUGCCAAGAAAGUCCGUGGCUAUAAGGAGAAGUUCAUACAAGCUAUUCGACUCAGCGCGGAGCAACAAUUCGAAGGAGCGAAAGAAGAAUUCCUCGAAGAUCCGAGCAAGUUGGAUAAGAUUAUGAAGUGGUAUUUCAACGACUUGAACGUCGUCAAGGUUGGAAUGUCCCACCUUAUGCCAAAGAAGUGGAAUAUCGUAAAGACAUACGCUGGCGUAUACCACCAGCUGAUGCACGAUUUCCUGGUCGGCAUGGUAGAUGGCAACGAGGCGUCAUCGGCACAUACCCUAGAAAUCGUGGGCUUCCCGGAGAAGUACUACAGAAAGAUGGCAAAGAUUGGUCUGAAGCAAGAAGAGCUUAUACCUCAUGUUAUUGACAACCGCGAGGCAGAGCUUGUACGCGACUUUCGUGAGCUCAUCAUCAAAUUCCUCGAUGAGUGGAUUGAUCGAAUCUUUGCACAAGAAAAGCGUGAUCUCGCAGAGCGUAACGUCGAGGGCUCAAACUUGGAUCAGGACGAGUAUGGCUAUUUCAGAACCAAGAACUUUGUUGCGCUAUGGCGAAUGCUGCGUGAGCAAGUGGACACGGCUGCUAACUCCCAGCGCGCUGAUGUUGUUGAGGGUGUAAUCGACGCUAUGUUUGCUCGUCUACGCACUCGUCAGCAGUCGUGGCAGGCUAUGCUUGAAGAUGAGGCCAUUCCCUACGAGGAGGGUAAGAUCCCUGAACUCGAGGGUUUCCAGGCUCUUCAGGAUUGGCUCGUGGCUACAGCAAACGACCAGAUCGCCUGCAUCGACGACAGCGAGGAUGAGAACCGUCUUGCAUACCUCUCGAGCUUCCGUCGUCUUGUCGAGCAGCAUGUCACACCCGCGUACCUUGAACGUAUUGAGAGUGAGGUUAAUACGCUGCGUGACGGUUACGUCGACUUCAGCACAUGGUGUAUCAACCGCUUCGCUCAACUUAUAUUCUCUGUCGACUUCGGUACCGUCAUGCCUGACUUCUUUACACCUCGAUGGUACACAACUACUGCUAUGAAGCAGAUGGUGGUGACAUUCGAGGAGUACGUCAACGACUACCGCCAAGUACUACAUCAUUCACUGGUCGAUAUUUUCGUUGAGAUCUUUGCUGAGGAGCUACUUGUUCGCUACUUAUCUGCUGUGCGCAACAAGGGCGCAAAGUUCCGUCGUACCGACCCCUUUCAAGACAAGUUGUUCAACGAUAUCUCCACAGCGUUCGAAUGCUUCAGCACACUCCCUUCGCCUGACAUUGGUGCCUCUAUCAAGGAGACCUGGCGUGUUACAGAACAUUUCUUGCGCCUGUUGACAGCUGACCGCGAUGCCAUCGUAGACGCUUACGUGACGUUCAAGAUGGCUUAUUGGGACCUGAAUGUGCAGUGGGUUGAGGCUGUAUUGAAAUCAAGAGAUGACUUUGAGAGGUCUUGGAUUGGCGCGGUCAAGAAGGAGGCUGCCAAUAUUGAUAGUGGGCGUGGACCAGAGACCAUCAUGAGUAGAGUCAAGUAAGCGAGGACGAGUCAUGAUUUGUGUUUAAAUGGGAAAAGGUAGAGGGUUAUUGCAAUUAUGUAUGAUAGGCAUCAUUUCAUGCCCUGUUAGCGACAAUGAUAUUUACGCU